AGUUAUCGUGUUCACUUGGCAACAAAGUAUUUACAACAUGGCCGACAAAGAAGCACGUCCAAGUAGUUCUAGGUUAUCAGGAGUUGUGUCAGAAGUCACAUUAAAAGCCCUUCAACAGUUUGAUACUGGAGAUAUGGAUCCCGAACAGACAGGCAGUGCAUCACCAGAACCUACAACUGGUCGAGAGUCAAAACCACCGACUCCAAAAUCAGCAGGAUCAAGACCUACUUCUGCUGUUCAGAAAUCUUCUCGGCCAGGUUCAGCUGCUAUUAAAACCCCAUCUAGACCAGCAUCUGUAGCAGACCAACUUUCAAUUUCUGGUGAACGUCCUCCAUCAGCAGCAAGAUCAUCAUCACGAACGUCAACUGCAGGUGAAAAGACAUCACCAGUAGCAGCUGAAAAGGAAACAGAAGAUAAUCCAUUGUCUAUCAGUGGUUCAAGACCAGCAUCGGCUAAAGGAAGGCCCCCAUCAGCGAAAGAAUCAAGACCAACAUCUGGUAAAAGCUCUAGGCCACCAUCAUCAAAAACCUCAAGACCAACAUCUGCAAAAGUAGCUAAAUCACCAUCAGCUUCUAAAUCACCAUCAGCUGAAGAUCAAAGGUCACCAUCAGCAAAAGAUAUUGCAAUUGUUGUCCCAUCCUCUGCAGAAGAAAGACCACCAUCAGCAACUAGACCAGUGUCAGCAGUAAAAUCUGGAAGUCGCCCAGGAUCAGCAGUUAAAAGGCCUACGUCUGCUGUAAAUGGUGAAUCUGCACGAAAAGGAACACCAGAUAUCAAAGAUAAAAGGGAGGAGACACAAGAAAAUACUGAAAUGGCUUUGAUGCCAACAGAUGAUGGAGGUUACGAUGAGAAUGAAUAUGUUGGUGAAACUGAUGUAUCAAGACAACCUCCUGCAGGUCCUCCAGGAGGAGGAGAUGGAGGGGAUAGUGAUGGAGAUGGAGGGGAUAGUGAUGGAGAUGAUUAUAACAGAGAAGUAACAGGAUAUAGUGAUGAAGACAGUGAUAAUGAAGCAGAUUUGGUUGUAUUAGACCCAGAUCAUCCCUUGAUGAGGAGAUUCCAAAAUGCAUUGAAAAAACAUUUAGAGAAACAGAAUGAAACCGUAACAUUAGAACUAAGAGAGCUGGAAGAAUCAUUGAAGACUAAACGUAGAAAUCGUGAAGAUUUGGGUGUGGAAUUAUAUGGAGUCCAGCAAGAAUUAGCAAGAUAUCAAAUGAUCUUGGAGAGGAACCAUGAUGAUUUUGCAACAAUAAACCAAGAACGAUUGAAAAAUGAACAAGAAUUGAAUGAAAUUAGAAAUAUGUAUAAAAAUACCCAGAUUACAGUCAACAAAGAAAAGAAAAAAUCAUCAGAGCUACAAGCAGAAGUGGAAAAUUUAGCUCUACGAUUAUUCUAUAUGAAAAAUGCUAAAGAGGACGUACGAUCUGAUAUUAAUGUGAUGAGAAGAGCAGCAGAAAAGGCUGAAUCUGAAGUUUCUAAAGCUGAGAUUGAAAAACAGAGACAAGAUUUGUAUGUUGAUAGAUUAGUUGAGCGAGUUGAUAAAUUAAAAGAAGAAAUGGCCAUGUAUGAAGCUCAGAUAACAGCUCAAUCAGAAGAAACUAAAGCAGCCAAGGAAGCCUUAACUGAAGCUUAUAUGGAAAUUGAGGUAAUAGAUUUUGAAAAGAAACAACUUUUUCAACAAUGGAACAGCAGUCUUAUUGGUAUGAGAAGAAGAGAUGAAGCUCAUUCAGCCAUGCAAGAGGCACUAAGUCAACAACAUCAGAAGAUUUUAUCGUUAGAAACAGAAAUUGAUGGCUUUAAGAAAAACAUUUCAAAAGAACAAGAACAGAAUGAGAAACUGUGUAUGAUAUUAGCUAAAACAGAACGAGAUAUUGAAACAGUUAGAAAACAAUUAAACAUAUGUCAAGCUAAACAUGAUGCCUUGAAAUCCGAAUAUACCACUUACACUCGUAUGUUACAUGAAACAGAACAGGCUUUACAUAGAGCUAUGACUGAUAAGACUUUAAGAAUGAACGAAUUAAAUGCCUUAAGACAACAGAUAGAGAAAGAAUAUUUAGAAAAAGUUAAAUUAGAAGAUGAAAUCAUGGAAAGAAUGAGAACACAACUUACUAUGGAUAAAGCUUCUCAAUAUUCUAAAAAAUUAACAAAUAAAAUGAGAGAUACCACUAAACAUUUGGAAACGCAAAUGGCAGAAGUAGAAAAUCAUAUUGCCAAAGAUGUACUGGAAGCAUCUAAUAUUAAAGCUAGAACAGAACGCCUCAAGAAAGUCCUUGUAAGACUGGAUGAUGACAUUGCUGCAAGGAAUGAUAUAAUUUCUCGUAGUAAUAAUGAAAUAACCAAACGAAAUGCUCUGAUUGAACGAAAACAGAAUUUGAUUGAUCAGUAUAAUAAGAGAUUAGAACAUAUGAUCAGUUCAGCAGGGGGAGUGGAACUUGGUCCAUUGGAGAUUCAGAUCAAUUCUCUGUCUAAGUCAAUUGAUGCCGAGUCACAGUCAACAGCAGAACUACAACAGCAAUGGCUCCGACAAGAAAGCGAAUUGGUUAAACUUCUUGGAGAAAAAUCACAACAAUCACAGGAUGUUAUUCAACUUAAAAAACAAAUCACCAUUCUUUCACAGAAAAAAAUCAGAACUGAAAAGCAUAUAGAUCAACAUAACCGUGAACAGUAUGAUAUUGAGAGGAAUAUAAAACUCAUGCAGAAUGACAUGUUAAAACUGAAUACUUUGUUAUUUAAACAAAAGGGUGCAGCAGAUAGUAUAGAACAAACUAAUAUAUUACAAGAGAGUGAAUUCCUGUCUAAACUAAGAGAAGCAGAAAAUGAAUCUAUAAAACUGCAAGACAGCCUUGAUGCCAUUAAAGAAGAGAAGGAAAGAUUACUCAAUAGUCUGGUAGAGGCAGAACGUCAGAUUAUGUUAUGGGAGAAGAAAACACAGCUAGCUAGAGAAACUCGAGCAGCAGUCGAUUCAGAGGUCGGUCAGGGUGAGGUGGCAGCUAUGAAAUCUGAAAUACAUCGCAUGCAGGUUCGAUACUCACAACUAAUGAAGCAACAAGAAAAAAUGAUACAGGAAAUGGAAAAGGCUGUUUCUAGGCGUGAUACCAUAGUAACAAGAGGAGAUGCUCAAACUAAAAUGAAAUCAAAACCACUAACUAAAGGAACAUUUGAACGUCAGAUGGCAGAAACCAGGAAAAAAAUUAAGACAACUAUACAGGAUGCAAAUGCCUGUGAGGACGAAAUUAGACAACUUCAUCAACAUCAACAGAUAUUGAGUCAUCAACUGGAGGAUAAACAACUUAACUGUCAACAACUACAAGGUUCAGCUGAUAGUAUGGAUGGUGAUAUAGAAAGACUGGCAGAAAUGAAACAAAGGAAUAUGACAGAUUUGUUGUCUCGCCAACAGAAAACCAAAUACUACCAUCAAGCUAAAGAUGGCAAAUAUACUAUGAUGUGUAAGUCCGAGACCAGUUUGAAUGUGGAAUAUGAAAAACAAGUAGACCGACUUCAUACUCUUAAUGCUAUUGUUGAUAGAUUAAAUCAAGAAUAUCCUCAUGCUCAACCAGCAUUACGUAAAGUCACUAUAGCUUUAAGCACUCGUAGCGUCCCCACAGAAGAAGAAACAUAAUCAUUUAUUACAACUGUCUAUAUUAUUAUCUUCAAAUUAGAUAAGAAAAACGAAGGGUUAAUCAAAAUUAUUUUGCACAUUAUUAAAUUGAUAAUUUUGGACCAAUUAAUUUUGUUUUGGAGUGUUAAAACUUGAUAUGGCUUGAAUAUUUUAGGAAGAAAUCGGACCCUGUAAGUAAGAGUAUAUUAUGUUGUAUAUUUGUUUUAUAUAAAAGUUUGUUUUUUAUAUUGUUAUAUAUAUAUAUUGUCUGUGAUACUGUACAAAUCUAGCUAAAUAUAAAGCAGAUUUAUUUCAUCAUUUUUAAAUUGAACCAUUAUCAGAUCUAAAUUCUGUGUUGUUACAUUUAUGUGAAAUAUGUCUGUAAUUUAUACCUAUUCAGUUAUUAAAACUAUUUAUUAAUUA